UUCACCGUUAGCGUAACAGCACGACUUUCUGUCAGGGCUCAAAAAAUAAAAGCUUUACCCAACAAAGUACUGCAAUUUAACGCAGGAUGUUCAGGUUCGUGCUGCUACUCCUGACAGUGUCAGGCCUCCAAGCCAUCCCAAUUGCAGUCCUUCGAGGUCUGCAGAAGACAUCUUCAACCUACCAGCUCCCCGAUGGCUUUCAAAAGGGCAUCGAACAUGCUGACAUCCAUCGACCCAUUCCAGACAGCUUCAGACAAGGUACAGAGCUCUCCGGAAGGCUCCUUGUUGACCUCAACACUGGCCUGGUGCAAGACAACAUCGCUGUCAUCAGCCCCUUUCUUGGGAAUGGGUUUGGAGAGAUGGAGAGAAGACACUGGCCGACAGAUGAGAUCCCUGUUGAUGUUCCAGCACAGAAGAAUGGUGAUGGUUGGGUGCGGGUGGAGGUACCCACUGAAAAUCAUCUCCCAGAUGGUUUCAGACAGGGAACUGAGCCAGAGAUGUUGAUCCAAGAUGGUUUCAGACAGGGAACCAAACAUGCUCAUAAGAUCCCAGCAGGCUUUAGGCAAGGAACUGAACCCUUCAAGUCUAUCCCAGAUGGUUUCAGACAGGGAACCGAACCCUUCAAGUCUAUCCCAGAUGGUUUCAGACAGGGAACNGAACCCUUCAAGUCUAUCCCAGAUGGUUUCAGACAGGGAACUGAACCCUUCAAGUCUAUCCCAGAUGGUUCCAGACAGGGAACAGAACCCUCUGCCUCUAGAAUCCAAACACAUACAGUAUCUUGUAAGGGGGAGGUCAUCAAUGGAAACUGCUAUGAGUUCAACCCCACACAAAUGGCCUUCCAGGAUGCACAGGUCAUCUGCAGAGCUCUUGCCCCAAAUGCUGAGCUUGCAUCUGUAACCAGCAGCGAUUUGCAUUCUCGCCUAGUUUCCCUGGUGACCAAGGGUGGUGAGAAAAACCCAGUGUUGACCUGGCUGGGAGGCACCAUCAAGAACCAGAAGGCAUCAUGGGUGGACGGCUCAGAAUGGAGUUACAGUGACUGGAAGCCGGGCCACCCCAACAUUCGCAGUGACAAACCUGUUUGUUUGGAGAUGUUCCAGAUAGAUGAGAGCUGGUGGACGGCUGCUGACUGUGACCUGAGGAGAGCAUCCAUCUGCUCGUACCCAAUCAUUCUGUGAAGACCACAAAGAAACAAAUACAAGAGAGUUAACAUCUUGAUCUCUCUUGC